AUGAACGCUGCCGCGGCGGUCGCCCGCAGGAUGCCGUCGGCGGCCCGGCGGAGCGGGUGCUGGAUAGCGCGGUGCCAGGCGGUCCUGCUCGGCGUGUCGGCGCUGGUUAUCGCGGCGGAGCGCAGCGCUCUGAUCUACUGCAUAGGGUUUUACCUUUGGAAUGAGGAGACGCAGUGGGCGGGCCUCACUCUGGGCCUCUUUCUACCGGGGACGGCAGUUCAACUGCUAAGUGUGAAAUGGUACUAUGAUGAUGGUGAUGACAGGCGGUGCUACCUCUCUGUCAUACACAUACUGCACUUGGGCAUCUUUAAAAGGUUAUGGGACUGUAUGAGGUCUGUCUUGCGCACGCAGGGCUCAGUGGCUGAGCUCGGGGCUGCUGUCAUGCAGCAGGCAGAUGUUGCUGCCCUUUGGCUGCUGGAGGCCCUUGUCCUCACACUGCCCCAGAGCCUGCUGCAGGCGUAUGUCGUGGUGUCCACAGAUGUGGGCAUAACGUCACCAGUGGCUUAUUGCUGUGGUCUGUGUGUGCUGUCUAUUUCCUGGGCCCUGGUGCUGUACAGCAGAGCCUGCUGUCUCAUCCGACCAGGCCACCUGGCCAUGCCUCCGGCAGCCCUGCUGUGCCAGCUGGUGUGGAGGGCAGGCAUGCUGGGUGCCAGGGUGACUUGCCUCAUGUUCUUCGCCCGGGUCUUUAACUGGUGGGUCUGUGGAGUAGCAGGUUUCCACUGGCUCACAGCCUCGUUCUGGCUGGUAUCGCAGCAACCAGACAUCUGCACUGGCCCAUGGUGUUGGCGUGCCUUUAAUGGCAUCAUGGGGCUCGUCCACGUCUUCCUCUUCCUCAACGUCAAAGACGGACCCUCGCGCUUCCGCAUGGCCAGCUUUUAUGCCUUCAUGCUCGUCGAGAACGCCACUCUGCUGCUGUCCGCCUCUGACUUCCUCAGUGAAGCAUCAUGGGAUAGCAUGACCCUUCCCACCAUUGUGCUGUGUAGCUUUCUCCUCGGUGCUACCUCUCUUGUCCUGUACUACCGGUUCCUCCAUCCCAAGUCAACAGAGAUCUGCCAGGGAACAGACCACAACCACAUGGGCAGCGCUUGUAUAGAACAGGGGGACUCCUCCAUCUCUCUCGGGGACAAAAGUUUGCCAGCUCCCUCCAUUCAAAACCACGGCAGCUUCUCUAUCUCAGGUGUGGCCGGUACUCUGCUGGAGCACCCAGGAACCUGUGGAGGCCGGCCCAACACCUCCUGCCCUUGCUACCACCACCACUGGCUCUUGAUCCGACUGGCCCUAAAAACCGGAGACCUGGGGAAGAUCAACCGAGCGUACGGGGCCGGCGGGGCGGCAGCCAUACUGGACAUGGAGGAGUACAACCAAGAGUUUAAGAGUAACGAGGGAAUCACUAUCACAGCAGGAGGCAGCUGCGAGGGCAUCUCCACCUCUGAGUCUCAGGGGAAAGGCCCGGCGCCGCUGUCGGACUGCAAAGAUGAGUUCCAGAGCGUGAGUGAACCCUCGUCGACCGAGCAAGCUGAAGCAGAAGAUGACAGUCUGGAGAUGGAGAGCCCGCUGGAGUCACCCACAUCAGAUUUUAAACGCAGCUCACCGGAGGGCAAGUCUGUGUUUGGAGACAGUCCGGAGCCAUAUUUCUGCCCGACAGAGUCUAGUUCAACCCUGUAUUUCAGCGCUGACCCUCAGUCUCCCAGCAGCACCAGUAACAUCCGUCUGGACAGGGACAUAGGGGGUCUGGAACACGGAGUUCGCCUCAACUCCAUCCCAAGUGAUCCGGCCCUUCACAGAGAUGUCCGUGGGCUCAUGGGCCGGUUCGGGCCGCGUUGCACUUCCACUCCUAAAUUGGACUCCGGAGUGCCGGACUCUGCCUCCGGUGUCCCUCAUCUCACAGGUCCAAGGAGGCAGCUCAUAAUGUCACGAAGAGAUGAGGAUGAUAACUUCUAGCUUUUCUCACGACAGAAUUAGGGAAAGAGUAACAGCACCGUUUUGGAAGGCUGCUUUUUCCAUCUUCCUAGUGUUGUAUGAUGAAAAGGCUGGCAGCAAUUUCACCUCUGUAUGCCUAUAUAUUUAGUACAAUGUGGGUAUUGUAUAUGCAACAAUUUGGGGAAAACGCUAAGAUAGCCUGCACUCUUCCCAAACCAUAAACCAUUUUCUAGAAGUAUUGCUUUGCCCAGAAGCUGGACUCACAGUUGUGAAACCUUCAGCAGCGUUUUCAUCAAGAAGAUAAAUAAAGAGCUAAUUAGCCACAGGGGUGGUGUAGGGAGCUCAGGCACACUUUCUACCUGACGUUACACAUUUUUUUCAUUCUUUAGCGAUUAGCAGCGAUUAUACUGCGCAACAAAAUGAACACUGGUUCCUUUGCAGGUUGUAAUUACAUGUUAAGGGAGUAGCCACGAGUUACAUCAAUAAACGUUACUAAAAUUAUGCAGCCGCCUUAUGUAUCUCGGAGAGCUGAUAGUCUCUGUGAUACAUACAGAAACUGCUGUUAUUCAUGUUAAUAAUUGCCAGCGGUUAUGAGAAUAGAGAAGAUAUUCCUAGAUCGAAAGGGGGCAGGAGUGUCUGACCUUUGAAUAUUAACCAUCUCAGCGCGUAAGCCAGAGCUUUGUUGGCUUCUCAAAAGCACAAGUAUCUUCUGUAUCACAUGUCUAUUGCUGUGUUUUUUUUUUUGUUAUUCCCAUAAGAAAAACUUCCAAUUCCCAUCAGAGAAUAAUGUACUGUAUUUUUCAUAUAAUCGUGUUGACUGGCGUUGCUUUGAGCAGGGCUAGUAUGUCAGCCUGACAAAACAACUGUGUCUGAUGUUUUAACUUAAUUUACAUGUUGACCAUGUAUUUGCUGAAAUGUUUUUUGGGGAUUUUCAUUAUGUUCUAAAAAGAAAAAAAAAGAAAAGGACAAAAAAAAAAAGGUCUCAGGCACUGACUUUAAAUUCAAACUUCUAUUGUGUAACAAAACUGUAAAAAGAUACUUAUGAGGCACUUGUAGUGACUUUUUUUUUUAAGCGCGCUUGAUUGCUGUUUCUAGGGGACAGAUGCAU